UUUGUUUUCAGGGGGGGGACUCAUUUCUUGGUGCACCGUCGCAUAACGUUGACGUCACGGACCAGCCUCUUCUGUAAACUCAUGUAUUUCUGAACCUUUCGGAUUUUGUUUGUUGGCUCGGGCGCUGAAAAGGAACUCUGCCACAGAGUUAGCCCAAUGAGAAUAGUUAAUUCGGAGUCCCCAUCCAGCAUGGCCGAGAGUGUCCCGCCGGAUGCUGUGGGGAGACGGGUCGCCUGUGAUGGAGAGCGGGGAACAGUCCGCUAUGUCGGCGCUGUGCCUCCCACUGCAGGUUUGUGGUUGGGUGUGGAGUGGGACAAUCCUGAGAGGGGGAAGCAUGAUGGCUGUCAUGAGGGAACACGCUACUUUACCUGCAGACACCCCACCAGCGGGUCGUUCGUCCGGACCAAGAAGGUGAGUUUCGGGGUGGACGUCCUCACGGCGAUGAGACAGCGCUACGAGAGUGAGCCGGAACAGGUCACCGGCGAGGAGCUGACGAUCUCCAGCAAGACGGUGGAGAGGGUCGGGUUUGAGGCUAUCUCAGAGAAACAGAGGUUAGAGAACUGCAGAGAAGUCUCUCUGGCAGGGUGUGGAGUCUGCAGCCCAGGACUGGAUGAUGAAAUCUUACAGACAUCUCCCAACAUCGUCAUACUGAACCUGGCUCAGAGCCUGCUGUGCUCCUGGGAGGAUGUGGCCUGCAUCGCCCGACAGCUGACCAAGCUGCGUGAACUCCAGCUAGGACAGAACAGACUCCGCCCACCUGCUGACCCCGCCUCUCUGAAGCCGGCGUUUGCCAAUCUGAAGGUCCUGGACCUCAGUGGCUCCGCCCUCUCCUGGCCUGAGUUGCUCGAGUGCGCCCCCAUGUGGCAUGCGCUGGAAGAGCUGUACGCCUUUGACAAUUCCAUCACAGAACUGCAGAGGCCAAUCGGUGUCCUGCAGUCGCUGACAGUCCUGGACCUGUCCAACAACCCUUUGGCUGAUGGAAGUGAAAUUUUAAAGAUCGCAGAACUACCCAGAUUGGAAAAGCUGAAUUUGUCAAACACGGGGCUGUCCACCCUACAGUUCCCAGAUGUAGACCCAGGAUUAAAAACUGCAAUGUUCCCUGCCCUGAAGACCCUCGUACUCAAAGGCAACAAUAUCUCUGAGUGGUGGGUGGUGAACGAGCUGGACAAGCUGGCCAGCCUGCGGCAGCUGUCAAUCGGCCGGAACCCCGUGCUGAGCGGGGAGAGGAACCGGGAGACCGCCCGCCAGAUCCUCAUCGCCCGACUCGGCCAGCUGCACGUCCUCGACAGCAUGGAGAUCGUUCCGGAGGAGAGAAAGGGGGCGGAGCUGGACUACUGCAAGAUGUUCGGGGAGAAGUGGCUGGAGUCUGGCGGGCACCGGGACCCAGCGAUGGAUCGACCCAGCGCCGAAUUCACCACACUGCACCCCCGCUACCAAACCCUAAUUCAGAAAUAUGGUGCCCCAGAGGAGGGGGAGCUGAAGAAGCAGAAACCCUUCGCCCUGAAAAAUCAGCUGCUGACGGUGACCUUCAUGUGUCCGGACCAGGCCGACAGGAAGCCCAUCCAGAAGAAGAUUCCAGACACGAUGACGGUGCAGAAGGUUAAAGGUCUUCUGUUUCGGCUGCUGAAGGUGCAAGGCUCUGAGCUCAAGCUGACCUAUACCAGCUCAAAGAUGGAGGGGAAGGAGAUAGAGAUAGAUAACGACCUGAAGCCCCUGCAGUUUUACUCCGUAGAGGACGGGGACCUUGUGCUAGUGCGCUGGUCCUAAGAGCCAAGAUGGAGGACGGGGGGGAAGGGGGUUGCUGUCCUGUGAUUGGAUAGAAUAGCAUGAGGCGG